UCGACAUUAGUACGCGCCCAAAUGCUUGUACAUGCUGAUUGGAUCUUACUUCCGUGGUGUCGAGAGUAAUCAUCCAUCGUCUCGACGAUUGUUAUAAUACACGUUUUGUACGGUCAAUGUGUUGUUUUGAUCAUGGAAUCCUUACUAGAACAACAAAGACGAUAUCACGAAGAAAGAGAAAGAUUGAUGGAUGCGAUGACGAAGGAGAUGCUGCAUCCAAAGAAAGUGCUGAGGGAACAAAUAAAUUCAGACCAGCGCCUGAAACAACUUAUUGAUCGUUAUAUGGACUGCACCAGUGAGCUGAAGGAGCUCUAUGAAGACAAGGAUGGGUUGCGUAAAGAUGAGAUUCAAGCUCUUGCAGGACCCAAUGAGUAUGCAGAAUUCCGGGCUCGCUUAGCAGCCAUAGAUCGCUUCCAUUCCCAGCAUCCAAAUGAGAUCAGUGUCCCAAUGUCUGUUGAGUUUGAGGAAUUGGCAAAGCAAAGGGAAAAUCCGACUGAGGAAACACAGAAUGCAGUUGAGUUCACUGAUGAAGAAGGAUAUGGUCGUUACCUGGACCUGCAUCAGUGUUACGAGAGAUACCUCAACCUCAAAGGUAUUGAGAAAAUUGACUACAUCACAUACCUAACCAUAUUUGACAGACUAUUUGAUGUUGCCAAGGACAAGAAGAAUGCUGCAUACAAAGAGUACCUGGUGUUUUUGUUGGACUACAUGGCUGACUACACCACAAGAGUGAGGCCACUCCUGGACCUCAGUGAGGAGGUUGAUGGUGUCCAGAAGGAGUUUGAGAAGAUCUGGUCAGAUGGGAUGUUUCCAGGCUGGCCGAAAGAAGCAACAGGAGCCCUCACCCAUUCAGGAGCACAUCUUGACCUGUCAGCAUUUUCGUCAUGGGAGGAAUUGGCAUCUCUGGGAUUGGAUCGACUCAAGUCUGCUCUGAUGGCCCUGGGUCUCAAGUGUGGCGGUACACUGGAGGAGCGAGCACAACGGUUGUUUAAUACCAAGGGCAAGAAUCUUGAAGACCUUGACCCUUCAUUAUUUGCCAAAUCCAAGCCAGGGAAAGCUGGCAAGAACAGGGACUCUGAGCGGCAGAGAGAGAUAGCUGCCCUGGAGGCCCAGGUGUACCGCUUUGCCGAGAUACUUAGUGAGCAGCGAGCAGCUACACGAGACAAUGUGCAGAGCAAGCAGGCCCGCACUGGGGAGGAAAGGGAGGAGUCAGAUGAAGAGGAGUUCUCUGAUGAUUCGGAUGAUGAUGAGGAAGAUAUUCCCUACAACCCAAAAAACCUUCCCCUUGGUUGGGAUGGCAAGCCUAUUCCAUACUGGCUGUACAAGCUUCAUGGUCUGAACAUCAGCUACACCUGUGAAAUCUGCGGCAACUUUCCCUACCGAGGACCCAAGGCAUACCAGAGGCACUUUGCGGAGUGGAGACAUGCCCAUGGCAUGAGGUGUUUAGGCAUCCCCAACACAGCUCACUUUGCUAAUGUCACACUCAUAGAAGAUGCCCUUGCUUUGUGGCAGAAGAUAAAGUCAGGGAAGGAAUCAGACCGAUGGAGACCAGACACAGAGGAAGAGUAUGAAGACUCCCAGGGGAAUGUCGUUAACAAGAAGACCUUUGAAGACUUGAAGAGACAGGGGCUGUUAUAGCCAGGAGUUGGUGCUGCCAUCACAUAUGUACAUACAGCUACUGUAACUGUCUGUAGCCAUCAUGGAGAACGUGAUGAAGAUACUUGAUGGGACAACCAGGUAACAGCAACACAUAUUUGAUGUUGUAGUUGAUUGUUACAUCGGUAUGGGGUGGGGAGGGUCUUAAGUGAAAAUGAAAAAUCUGAAGUUAUCAUUGUGUUGUACUUGCGGAACAACUAGAGGAGCAACAACUAGAGUGAUUCUCAAUGUUUUUCAAGUCUGAAAACAGUUACAUCAAAGGAUUCUGUUGAUUGGUAGCUCAAGGACAUAACUAGUUAGGCUUGUGUCAUGCCCAAUUUUAUUUUAAUGAGAUACUGAAAGUCUCGCAUGAAAUGGUAUUGAUAUCAAGCUACCAAGGACAUAACUAGUUAGACUUGUGUCAUGCCAAAUUGUUUUUAAUGAGAUACUGAAAGUCUCACAUGAAAUAGUAUUGAUAUGAACUCUCCUGUCUCUGUAUGGCCAAAAUAAACCAAUGUGACACUUAA